CCGAUGUUCCCCCUGGCAGCCAUCUUACUGAGAAAACCGGUGGAAUGGUCAGUCUAUAAAAAUCAAUAUUCUGCAAACCCUACAAUUCUGUCUGACAAAAAAUUGUCAAGAUGUAUCGUAUGCAGAGAGCUUCGAGUAGCUUGUUGAGCAAUUUAUAUGUGCAGGCAACUGAGACAAACCUCCGUCCCAGCAGACUUUACCGAACAGGGAGAAUCCUAUUCCAGGAGGCUGCACCUGAGGCCACUGUCAAGGGGAUACCAUACAAUAAACUAACAGUUGGUGUACCCAAGGAGAUAUUCCAGAAUGAGCGACGUGUGGCCCUCACCCCACAAGCUGCUGCUGCUAUGAUUAAGAAAGGAUGGAAUGUCAAUGUUGAAGAGGGAGCUGGUGCCGCUGCUAAAUUCACCAGCGCUGACUAUGAAGCAGCUGGUGCUAAAGUUGUUAAAACUGCUGAAGAGGCAUACCAAUCAGACCUUGUGUUCAAAAUCAGAGCACCAACUUUAGAAGAGGUGAAUCUGUUGAAACCGAAGAGUACACUUACAAGUUUCAUAUACCCAGCACAGAACCAGGAGCUUUUAGAUGCUCUAGCCAAAAAGCAAGCAACAGUAUUUGGUAUGGAGUGUGUGCCACGUAUCAGCAGAGCACAAGUGUUUGAUGCUCUUAGUUCAAUGGCAAACAUAUCUGGUUACAAGUCAGUCAUCUUAGCAGCUAAUAACUUUGGCAGGUUUUUCACAGGUCAGAUCACAGCAGCAGGUAAAGUUCCCCCAGCCAAGAUGUUGGUGAUUGGUGGAGGUGUAGCUGGUCUCGCCUGUGUAGGGACUGCCCGAAACAUGGGAGCUAUUGUGCGUGCUUUUGACACUAGGGCUGCAGUCAAAGAACAAGUAGAGUCACUUGGUGGAGAGUUCUUGGAAGUCAAAAUAAAGGAAUCUGGAGAGGGAGGUGGUGGUUAUGCCAAAGAGAUGUCUCCAGAGUUCAUCGCAGCAGAGAUGGAGCUGUUUGCCCAACAAUGCAAGGAUGUGGACAUUGUCAUCACUACUGCCCUCAUCCCAGGAAAACCAGCCCCUAAACUUAUCUCAAAGCAAAUGAUUGAGAGCAUGAAGCCCGGGUCUGUUGUGGUAGAUCUAGCUGCAGAGGCAGGAGGUAAUAUAGAGACUACAAAGCCUGGAGAACUGUAUGUCUACAAUGAUGUCACUCAUAUAGGCUACAGUGACCUGCCUAGUAGACUGCCCACACAAUCCAGUUCCCUUUAUGCCAAUAAUAUCUCAAAACUCAUCAUGUCAUUCGGAGAAAAAGAUCACUUCUAUCUUGACAUGGAGGAUGAAGUGUGCAGAGGGUCAAUCAUUCUUAAAGAGGGUGAGAUGAUGUGGCCGCCACCGAAAGUAGAGCCAUCUCCAGUGGCAGUAGCUAAGGCUGCUGAGGCAGCUGUUGAAAAACCUCCCCCUCCUCCCCCUAAUUAUUUCAAAGAAUACCUGACUGACUCUGGUGUCUAUACAGCCGGUCUUGCUGGAAUGGUCGGACUUGGUAUUGCUGCCCCAAAUGCUGCUUUCGCAACAAUGUUAACAACCUUUGGACUGUCAGGAAUCGUUGGUUACCACACUGUAUGGGGAGUCACCCCAGCCCUCCAUUCUCCACUUAUGUCAGUGACCAAUGCUAUAUCUGGUAUAACCGCUGUUGGAGGCCUCAUGUUGAUGGGAGGGGGAUAUGCACCAAGCAACACAGCUGAGAUACUGGCAACUACUGCAGCAUUCAUAUCAUCAAUUAAUAUCUGUGGCGGUUUUGUUGUCACUCAAAGAAUGUUGGAUAUGUUCAAGAGACCUGAUGACCCCCCAGAGUACAACAAACUCUACAUGUUGCCUGGUGCAGUAUUCCUCGGAGGAUACGGUUACGCUCAACAGUUUGAUUACCCAGAUCUCCACCAGGUGGCAUACCUGUCAGCAGGAUUAUGCUGCGUUGGUGCCCUCUCUGGGUUGUCAUCACAGAAAUCUGCCAGAGUUGGUAAUGCCCUAGGAAUGAUAGGUGUAGGUUCAGGUGUUGCAGUUACUCUAGGCAUGUUGAAGCCAACUCCAGAGCUUCUGGCACAGAUGGGAAUGGCCAUGGGAGCAGGUGGUCUUAUUGGUGCUGUUAUGGCCAAACGCAUGGAGGUCACUGAUCUUCCACAGAUGGUUGCCUUGUUCCACAGUCUGGUAGGAGCAGCUGCUGUGAUCACUUGUGUCGCUAACUUCAUGGUUGAGUACCCCCACAUGGCAGACAACCCUGCUGCUGGCAUGCUUAAGACUGUCAUGUUCCUGGGGACAUACAUUGGUGGAGUUACAUUCACUGGCUCUCUCAUUGCCUUUGGAAAACUACAAGGAACUCUGGACUCAGCCCCUCUUUUACUUCCUGGUCGCCAUGCUCUCAAUCUGGGCCUGCUUGCUGGUAAUGUUGGCGCAAUGGGUUACUUCAUGACCACCCAGGACUAUAAUGCUGGCAUGGCUAUGUUGGGAACAACCACUGCAUUGUCCAGUGUAAUGGGAGUCACUCUUACAGCAGCCAUUGGAGGUGCUGACAUGCCUGUAGUUAUCACAGUACUGAACAGUUACUCAGGAUGGGCCCUCUGUGCUGAAGGUUUCAUGUUGAACAACAGUCUGAUGACCAUAGUAGGAGCUCUCAUUGGCUCUUCUGGAGCUAUCCUGUCUUACAUCAUGUGUAAGGCUAUGAACAGAUCUUUACCUAAUGUUAUUCUUGGUGGAUUUGGUACUUCAAGCACAGGUGGUGGUAAAGCUAUGGAGAUUGUUGGUGAGGCCACAAGAGUUGAUACCACUCAAGUCAUAGACUAUAUCAAGGAUGCUAAGAACAUUAUCAUAACCCCUGGUUAUGGUCUAUGUGUUGCUAAGGCUCAGUACCCUAUUGCUGAGAUGGUGAAAAUUUUGAGAGAGAAGGCAAAUAAGAAUGUCCGAUUUGCAGUCCAUCCAGUUGCAGGACGUAUGCCUGGUCAGUUGAAUGUGUUGCUGGCAGAAGCUGGGGUGCCAUAUGACAUUGUACUAGAGAUGGAUGAGAUAAAUGAUGAUUUCCCCACUACAGAUCUAGUAUUAGUCAUUGGAGCCAACGACACAGUGAAUUCUGCAGCAGAAGAUGACCCUAACUCUAUCAUUGCUGGCAUGCCAGUGUUGAGAGUGUGGAACAGUGAACAGGUUAUUGUAAUGAAGAGAAGUUUGGGUGUAGGAUAUGCAGCUGUUGAUAAUCCAAUAUUCUUCAAAGAAAACACAGGAAUGUACUUAGGAGAUGCCAAGAAAUCAUGCGAUGCACUUGUAGCCCAAGUCAAAGAAUUAUAUGAUUCAUAACGAACAUUUUAACUAGCCAAAUUUUCCAUGCAUAUUAGUGUACAUUUAGUAGGUAAUGCAACUUAUUUAACUGGGCUUAUACACAGUUUUGUCAUCAGUGUUUUCCACUUGAAAAGAGACUUGAUUUUGUAAUAAUGUUGAAGGCAGAAUAUCAUUGACAAGUGCCUGUUACAAUUGGGAAUAAUUUGCAGAAUUAUCUUAAUUGGUUCAUAUCAACUGAUGAAUUUAUUUUCAUCAGAUUCUAACAUAUGUGAAUUAGAAUCAGAAUUUAUUUUACAUGUUUCCGGUGUUGGUAGGAUAAGGAUUUAUUUUGAUUCAAUAUAUAUGUAGAUUCAGUCUAUUAUGGAAGAAAUUAAGAUCUAUGAGAUUCAGCUGUGAGAUUCAAGUAUUUUUAUAGGAACUUAAGAGACCAUUCUUAAAGUGAUGGUAUAAGUGACUGAACUUCCUUUCCUCACAAAUGUGCAUUUUUGAGCCAUUUAUUACUUUCCCUGUGAUGCAAGCAUUGUAUUUCACUGUAGAUGCAAGCAUUGUGUUCCAUUGUGGUGCAAGCAUUGUGUUUAAUGUUGAAGUGUUAUUGUGCAAAUUGUUUCCAUUUCAUACCCCAAUUGACAUGGAUCGAAGUACUACUUGUAUGUGCAUUGCUGUCUCGGAGAGGGUACUUUAUGCACAAAACGCACAAACUAUUGCCAAAAAUUAUGAUUCUCAAUUGUAAGUAAUUUGUUAAUAGAUCCAUAGUACCAAUCAUGCUAUAUACUGUAAUUGAUGUAAAAAAUAAGGUAAUAUUGAUAUUU